AAAAAACAAAAUUUGUGAUGAUGGUAGUUUAUGUUCGUGUAUGUAUAUAUGGUGAAAUGUGGGUGUUGGGUUAUAUGGGUAUUAAGGGUCAUAAAGUUUUGGGGUUUUUGAAACACCCAUGUUAUUUGUGGACUGUUGUUUUAUAAGAAGCAAAAUUUCGAAUAAAAUUAUCUCCGCCCCGCUUGCGAUGUGUAUCGUGUACGUGUGGAUAAAUAAUGUAAUAGGGGAAGUGAAUGAAUGAAAAUGUAUGCAAAAAUACUAACCAAAAACUACAUGCGAGGCUGGUUAGUAAUGAAUAAUGUAAUAGGCGAUUUGCUCCCGAGAUCUUAACGCCAAUUGCCCGUUUUAAAGUUUGCUGACGAAUUAUUAUUUAUUUUGCGUUUAAGGCGGUUUUAUGUUACAUUUCAUACUUCGGAAAAAUUCGGAAUUUUUCGGAGAAAUUUUGGGAGUUGAAUUUUCGGUUCGGGUGUUUUCGUAAAGUUUCGUUAAAUUUCGGAAGUAUUUCGAAAAUGAUUUUAAAUCCAAUACACUGAAGGUUUUUGAAAGCAAACCAUCGUUUUCAAUUUACAUAAUGCAAUCUCGUCGCCGUGCCAACUGCGUCACAAUCGCCGCCAUUUUGCAUCCAUUGUUUUCGACGCGAACGACAAUGGCAGCUUUGACGAUUGGAAUCGCGGCCGCGAAAGGAAACUUAGGGUGUGUUUCGUAACAUAAGGUGUUAUGAUGUAAUUCUAUUCUAUAAGGGUGAAGUACUUAUCGAGGUUUAGGGGUUUAGACCAUUUUGCCCAUUACCCGAUCAAGUCGAUCAAGUCGUGCCAAAAAUAGUAGAUAUUUUGUUACUUCUGCUACCAGGCCUAACAAUGCAAUAUAAACUUUCUAUAAAAAAUGUUAAUCCUAUUGCUCGAAUGUCGGACGAAACAUCCGAUUAAAAUGUCUACAACACGUUAUGCCUGGUAGCAGAAGUAACAACGUUAUAGUUACAACAUUAUUACGUCACAUUAAUACGUCAUACUAUCGCAGGAACGUAGACAAUGCAGACCGGAAGUGAGUUUCAUCAAAAUUCAGCCGGAAGUAUACGUCACCAACCGGAUAUUGCGUACCACCAAGACAGAAAGCAUUUAUCGACGCAACAAUGGGAUGACAAUGGUUAUGACGUAGGCGAUGAUUUUGAUGAUGACGACGACGAUGACGGCAUAGUGGUCGAUUGUGAUGACGACAGAGACUCGCUGAUGGAUUUAGAUUUUUCAACAUCCUUGCUUUCCGGUCACAGUGGGGAUUUCCAGGAUCGAAAACACGACUUUCCUACGUCAUCGCUGCAAGAACUAUUCUCUAUGACGCAAUCGGUGACGUCAUCAAGUUGUGACGUCACCAACCUCGUGACCAGCUCCAUCCAAUCACAUCCCGACCUCAACGACUCGGGGAUCGUUACCACAGUAGGGGAAUCCCCGCAGAACCCCUUUUUACCCCAAACCUCUUCGAAACAAACGGACAGCGCUGGGUCGCUGUUCGCGCUUCUAUCGUCCGAUCAACGAAUACAAGCCAAGAUACCAAAAUGCACCGGAUGCGACCACCAUAUAUUCGACCGGUAUAUUCUCAAAGUACAGGACAAACCUUGGCAUUCACAAUGUUUAAAAUGCAACGACUGUGGGCGACAACUGACCGAUAAAUGUUUUUCUCGCGGUAGUUACGUUUACUGCAAGGAAGAUUUCUUCAAGAGGUUCGGCACCAAAUGCUCCGGUUGCGAACUCGCCAUUCCCCCCACACAAGUGGUUAGGAGGGCACAGGACAACGUGUACCAUCUAGAAUGCUUCAGAUGUUUCAUGUGUAGUGAGCAAUUGGGCACCGGGGACCAAUUCUAUUUGCUGGAUGAUAGUCGGCUUGUGUGUAAGAAAGAUUACGAACAUGCAAAGUCAAGAGAUCUUGACAUGGACAACGGUAUAAAGCGACCCCGCACCACUAUCACAGCUAAGCAACUGGAAACACUGAAGAUCGCUUACAAUCAAAGCCCGAAACCUGCUCGCCACGUGAGGGAGCAGCUGAGCUCGGACACCGGGUUAGACAUGAGAGUAGUUCAGGUAUGGUUUCAAAACAGAAGGGCGAAAGAAAAACGUUUAAAGAAAGACACAGGCCGACAACGUUGGGGAGAGCUAUUCCGAUCAGGGGCGCCGUCUAGUGGCCCUCAUUGUCGACCAAACCCAGACUCCCCGCCCAGCGGUGGUAAGCGUCGUGUUGGUGGCCAUAGCAACCGUAAGCGGCCCUCUAGCUCUCCUGGUGGCACACGUAUAGCUAUCCCGAUACCAUCGUCGAUUCAAAGCCCUGGUAGGGCGCCCACUAACGGACAAAUUGAAUCCAACUUUAUUGCUCCCGAGCACAAUGCGCCACCUCACGACGGUAUCAUGAUGGGUGAAUCCCCUUGCUUUGCACCUGGGGAAGUCCCGUACCCGCAACAAUCUUCCAACCAUGCUUAUCUAUCCCCUGGUAGUAUUCCCGACAUGGGGGGUUUCCCCAACCUGACACGAAACUACGAUUACGUAGACGGCCCCCAAAUAUUGGGACCAGGAAUGGCGCCUAUCAUGAAACCCCCCACCAACAACGCGAUACCGAAUUAUUACGUCACAAGCCCACAAAUGCAUCACAAUCAACACCAGAAAAACGAUUGUGACGUCAUAUCCGAAAGUAGCGGUCACUCGAACCUGAGCGAUCUAUCUUCAAGUCCAAGGUCAUGGCUGGGUGAACUUGACCACGUGACACAUUUCCAAUAACUCGUUCCCCUAGAAAAGUUUUCACUGUGAUUUCUAUGCCGCCCGUACAAUUAUUAGGGUUGGGUUAAUUAUUAUUGAAGGUAUCCGCUAUUGAGAAAAUAUCCAGAGUUUUUGACCCCAACUUCCCUUCUCCAACCUUCAACCCCCAAUUUCUGACCUGUUACCCGUUACCUAUUACCCCUAACUCCUAUUCCUAACCCCAAUUGCAAAGUUUCGCAAUUCCGAUGAUUGAGACCAAAUAUUCGCGGUAAUUUGACCCCGAAAUAUCUGGCAAAGUAACUUUCUUCUAUGCACGCAUGACUUUAUUGCAAAACGGAUUUUCUUAAAGCGGGUGCGUUCUAUGAUAUAUAUCUCGCUAAAUUCUCGUCGUAUUUGGGACUUUUACACCCCCAUUAAAGUUACAAUGGGUAUUUAUACAGAUAUCUACAAACUAUUACGCAUCCAUCCCCGCUGUUAACCAAUCAAAUCGCUCUGUUAUACGCUUCGGUGACAACGUAUUUCUGUAAGACGCAUUAUACGCCAAUCAAGUCGCUUUAACCCCUAACUAACCGAAGCGAAACAUAGCGGUUUGAUUGGUUGUAAAAGGGAUGGUUGUGUAGUAGUCUGUAUUUGAAAAACCCUUUUAGUGAAGGUAUAUAUGCCCACUAUAUAUGACGCGUUUAUCGUCGCCACAUACCCGUAUAACUACAGGGGGUUGUGUUAUAGUUCCCUUCAUUCCAUCUCGCUUCAAUCCGCCGCUAAAACGCACCCUGUGCCAAAUUAAUGCGGAACUGUGUUUCACCAUGUUGCAAUAUUAGUUGUGUGAGUACGCGAAUAAAUAUU